AAACCACGCUCUGAAAAGUGUAGGUAACACCGCUGGCCUGAAGACCUAGCUGCUUACACCAUUUGCAGCUUGUCUUCCUCCGUUUUGCCCCGGCUCUCUCGGCUCAUAAACCAAGCAAUUAUUCAAUUUGCACGGACUGCGCCCUGGCAAUAGCUGCUCCGGACAGUUUACGACGAGUGGUUGGUUGUUAAGUUGGUUCUUGAGAUUCCGGACCUCCUCCAUUAUAGGUUCAAGAUUUCGUUGGACGGCCUCAAAAUGAUGCACUACCGCAAGGCCGAGAACGUGGAAAAGGAGCUGAGUAAAACCGAUUUGCCCUUCGAGGACUGCAUGCCAAAGACGCAAAAGGAUUUUCUUUGGAUGCAUGUAAAAGGCGGUACUAAAGUGAGCAAUGUGAUUGAGUUUGCUCAGGCAUCGCUCAACAAAGGUGAACACAGAUGCGUAGUGUGGAGUGGAUCCGGUGGGGGAGUGAUUAAGACCAUAUCCUGUGCAGAGGUGCUCAAGCGGAGCCAUCCUGUCUACCAAGUGACUCGCAUGGCCUACACCAGCGUGGAGGAGCACUGGAAGCCGCAGAUGGAGGGUCUCGAGGAGAUCAUCGUUAACCGCCAAAUACCCGCUUUGCACAUCCUCAUGAGCCUAGACGAGCUGCCGGACAGUAUAGAGGGUUUACAGAAGCCAAACACAUCCACCGAUUUCUGGGAAGGCGGAGGGGCUAAUCCGCAACCCCAACACCGCCAACAACCACAACACCAAGGUGCCGGCGGUCGGCCAAACAAACGCCACAGAUCCGGACGCAAUAAACCAUCCCAACAACACGGAAAACCUUCUGCAGAAGACAACCAACCAACCAGUCAGAGUCAAGGUUGAGAUAAGCCGUACAACUAUAACUAUUGUGAAAAUUCCUUUAUUUGCCCUUUGUAAGGAUAUACAAAUAAAGUCUAGUUUAUCACAAAAGCAUUAUGGCAUUAAAGCAAUUGAGGGCAAUGAAAGAUUAGCUCUCC